GAGCCAGUCAGUCUUUACAUAGAUAUUAAAUGAUAUACAUUGUGCUGUCAUCGAAAGACAUAUUGAGCGACAGAGUAGCUUCUUGCUAUCUCAAUUUGAUUUUGUUACAUAUUUUCUAAUGCACUUGAAGCGAACACAAAGAGAAAUAUAAGAUUAUGACUCGUAAAAGUACAAUUAGCCCUGUAAUUAUGUUUAUGCUACCUUGGUUCGGUGUGUGGCCAGGAAGAUCAAUUAUUUUAAUUAACAGACUGUUUUGGAUAGUUACAUUAGCAUUCAUCGGAUUCUGUCAUUACUUAUAUGUCUCGACGCAUUUAAAUUCCGAGAAUUUUUUCAACUUGGUGGAUUGCUUAUGCAGCUUUCUGGCGCACGUCAAAGUAUUGAUUAAACUCGUUAUGUUUUGGAUAAAUCAGCAAAAAUUUAUGGAAACUUUGGCGUUAAUCGUGAAUGACUGGAAGGAUUGCGCUAAUAGUGAUGUAAGUUUGCGCGUGAUGAUACGUAAAGCAAAGUUAUCGGAUCGUAUCACUAACACAAUACUUAUUCUUCAUGUGAUAAGUAUCAUUGCAUAUUCCAUGGGAGUCGUUCUCGAAGAUGCAGAUGCUACCGAUCAAACGAUUGAAUUGCCUUACGUCAACAAGUUGCAACUUCCUUUCAACGUUAGCACUCAGCGCACAUAUAGACUUGUAUUACUGACAGAAGUUGUGCACCUAAUCUUCAGUAAUUUGGCAGCCGGUUUGCAAACGCCAUGCUUUUGA